GAGAAAACAAAGUCAACGGAGAACAAAUAAGUGAAUAAAAAUGAGGAAUUUUUCGAAAAUCUUUGCAAUUUUUAUUGCAUUGCAAUUAAACUUAGUUUUAGGAAUCCAUUAUGGCAAUAUAGCUCAAAGAAAUCAAUUUCCAUAUGCUGUUUUGGUUCAUAGUCCACAAUUUUUCUGUUCUGGUGCAUUAAUUAGUGAUCGUCACAUUAUAACAGCUGCACAUUGUCUUAUGUCAAUUCGAAAAGGUGGAAAAGUGACUGUGAAUGUUGGUGCACAUGAAUAUUAUGGAUCUAGAUUCACUGAUGGAAAAACAAUUUCUUCUGACAAAUUUUGGAUGCACGAGAAUUUCACAAUGCCAUCAGCUGUUUUUGACAUUGGUGUUAUUGAACUGCCUGAAUCAUUGCCUCGAAGUGAAAAAAUUGGUUGGUUAAAAUUAUCGACAAGGCCUGAUGCAGAUCUUGAUCCUAAAGAUAAAGAAGUUUAUUUGGCUGGUUGGGGCUAUUCAGAAUCUUCAUAUGGAGUUGCUGAAGAGUUACGUUGGACAAAAAUGGAUUUGAUACCAUUAAAGGAAUGUAUGAAGUAUAAAAGUCAUUAUAUUGAAGACAUGAACAAGGAUCACAUUUGUACUAGAAAAACUGAAGGUAUGCCAUGUAGUGGAGAUUCAGGCUCUGUUAUUGUAUCAAAGAAAACCAAUAAAAUUCUUGGAGUUGUUAGCUAUGUAAAAGAUGCUGAAAAUGGAAUCGAUAUGGGUUACAAUGAUUGUGAUUCAGACAUUCCAGUAGCUUCAACAAGGAUUUCGUCAUACAUUGAUUGGAUCAAUAAUAAGACUGGAAUAAAUUUUACAGCAGGAUUUGAACAAGAUGACAAUAGUAACUUGAUAAGACCAGCAAAACUACCGAAUAAGGUUACAACACCGACAACAAUCAGACCACAAAGAAAAUAUAUGUGCAAUACAACAAAAACUACUUCUAAACCAAAUACAGAGCGUAGUUCAACAGAAAAUUUGUAUAAUCCUACGAUUCAAGAUGUUAAUCCACACAUAAAAAGCAAGCCAUCAUUGUAUCCAUCAAUAAGCAACACUCAACUCAUCAUAACCCGAAGCAGAAGGAGGAGAAGCUUUUGAAUAAUCAGUUUAAUAUAGGCUAAUCGGAAACAACCUUGAAAUUUUUUUUAAAAACAUUAAUAAACUUUGACUUAAUAAAUAUUUUUAUACGUA